AUGCAGAAUGAGAGGAAAUUAAAUGAGCUAAUUGAGCAUUUCAAAGAGCUUGAGCUUCGUGUUAACGAUACGCAGGAUAUCGUUACCGCUUUGAAUACAAAGUCGGAACAAGCCCACUAUAUUCUCCACAAGAGGGUACAUGACGUUUCAAUGAUUUCAUCUGCGUUGGAAGUCUUACAAACAGACGCGAACGUUUUGAAAGCGACUUCGCAUGAAGAAACAAAGAAAUGGAAUUGUCUCUUGAUGAAAUUACAGAGAAGAGACAAACGACCGAAUUUGGUGAGGGAAGAGAACACGUUGAUCGCUCUUAAGAAGAAAUUAGAGAAUUUGAGAAAGACGGCGGAUGUGAUUGCAUUGAAAAAAUAUCACAAGAAGGACUUAACAAUUGCGUUGAAACAAUCAGAAGAGAAAAUCGUUGGAUAUUUCAAGCGUCUUGAGUUGAAGAGAGAAAACGUCAAGGAAAACGAAGACGGUUGGUAUAAAGAAAAAGUGGAGAUGUUCGACUUUCUGGACGAUGUCAAAAGAUUUGAAGGAGUCUAUAAAGGGCUGAAAGACUCAACGAGUGCAACGGAAGAUACUUUAAAUACAUUGGAAAAAAUCGGGAAAGAACAAAAUGAUAUGCUUGAAACGCUCAUGGCGAUGGAAACACAAUACGAAGCCAUAAAAAAGAAAGAAAAGGAAGAAAAGGAAAUUCUAUUGAAAAAAGAAAAAGAGGAAAGAAUAGCAAAAGAAAAAGAAGCAAUGAAACAAAAAGAAAAGGACGAAAUGGUGAAGAAGUUGGCAACUUUAAAGGCACAAAACAAAGAGACGGAAAAACAAAAACAAAGUGAACAACAACAAACCCCUCAACAACCACAACAAAGCGGAAACACUUCCGGGGCUCAAACGAAUUCAACAAAUACUCAACAACAAAAUGUCACGAACCCAAUGAGUCAAACAAAUACAGUGACACAAAAGCCUCAACUACAAACUACACAACAAAACCAAACAAUACAACAGCCUCAACAAAACCCAAAUCCGUUGGGAUCAUUACACACAAUUAAUACACCAAAUGCACAGCAACAACCUCAACAACAAAGUAAUUCAAAUUCAAUGUUCACAAUGAAUCCGGUUACCCAACAAAGCCAACAACCAACACAACAACAAGUUCAACAAAUCAAUAGAAAUCCUUUAGGAGCUCAAGUACCUUUAACUAACACUCAACAACCAAAUAUUACUAACCCAAUGUACGCAAUGGGUCAACCAAAUCCUGUGGUCCAACAGCCUCAACAACAAUAUCAAACAAUGCAACAGCCUCAACAAACCAAUGGUAAUCCAUUGGGAGCUCAAGUCUCUUUGAAUAACACCCAACAGUCUCAACAACAAUAUCAAACAAUGCAAUUUCAACAACAACAAAACUCGAAUCCGUUGGGAGCAUUACACCCAAUUAAUACGCCAAAUGCACAGCAACCUCAACAACAACAACCUCAACAUUCUCUUAAUCUUACAGGAACAUUUAAUUUAACAAAUCCACCAAAUCCAAAUGUGCAGCAGCAACCAUUAAUGUUUUGGACACAACCGCAGAACCAAAAUAUAACAGGACAAAAUGUUUGGGGGACAAACAUGGAUAAUUGGGGGAAUUCAGGAUUAACCCCCCAACAAAUUGCGACCCAAAAAAUGAUGGCGGCACAGAAACAGAAUAUGGCAGUUCCCGUUUCACAACAGACUGCACAAAUGCGUGGUAUGUAUUAA